CGGAAAUACCCCCACUCUCAUCUAAUUAUGUGAUUUAAAAGGUACUCAGAAGAUAGAAAUCGUCAAGACUAAAAUAAACGGCCAAACUGUCCGCUUUAUCGACACCCCCGGUUUCUCAGACACGUACCUCUCCGAUGCUGAAGUCCUCCAGAUGAUCGCCGAGCACCUGAACGAUGCCUACUCUCUGGAUAUGCGUCUGUCAGGCAUAAUAUACCUCCAUCCCAUUUCGGAUAAUCGCUUCACCCAUCAUGCUACCAAAAACCUGGACAUGUUCCGAAAACUGACUGGAGAGGGCAACCUCAAGAACGUAAUACUGGCGACUACUAUGUGGGGGAAGGUCACCAUAGAGGAGGGCGAAAGGCGUGAACAGGAACUAAAGAGCAAGUUCUGGGACGUUUUACUAGCAUAUCAGGCUACAUAUUCUCGGUACGAUGGAUCCCCCCGCUCAGCUAAAGACAUCGCGUCCAAGCUUUUGAGCAAUAAUACGCCCUUUUACGCCCAGCUGCAGGAGGAGAUGGGCAGACAGAAAUUGGCAAUCAAGGACACCGCCGCAGGCAAGGAGGUAAUGUCCGAGAUCUUGCGGAUGAGGGAGGAGCAUCAAAAACAACUUGAAGAGAUGAAGAUCCUGAUGUUGCGGACUGCAGCCGAGGAGAACAAGGUCGCUCUGGCUGCUCUCGAACAGCACUACAAGGAGAUGUUGAAGGCCAUGGAGAAGGUUCACAAGGACGAGAAAAUGAUGAAUGAGAAUAAAAUUAGGUCUUUGACGGAGAGGAUUAGCCAACUCGAGAGCAGACGCGGAGGGGGAGGGGGGGGGGGAUCUAGCUGUGUUAUCUUGUAGCCUUCUGGUUAUGGAGAUUGGGACAGCUUUACUUUCGGUGCGUCUGAUUGAUAGUAUGUCGAAAGGGAACAGACAGAAAGGGUUUGGGAAACGGUCGAGUUUGUUUACUGCAUGGACCUCUUAGGGACCUUCGAAGUGUAGAGGGUUCAUGGUUGGAUCAGAGGGU